GGGCCGCCCGCGCGCCAGGGGCCGCUCACCCGCUUCCCUCACCGCCGGUCCCUCGCGCCCGGCCCCGAAUGCGCGGGGCGCCGCCGCCCGGGCGCUCGCGCCGCCGCUGAGCUCCGGCGCCCCCGGGCGGGGCGGAGGGGCGGCGCCCGCCAAGUUGGGCGCUGAGGCGAGGGCGCCGCUUCCUCUUCGCCCUCACGGCCCUCGCCGCGCCGCUCGGCUCCGCUCCGCGGGCAGGCAGCGCCGUCGCCGCCGCCGCCCCCAGCAUGGACAACAAGCCCCUGCUGCAGGAGCGGCCCCCCGCCUACAGCCCCGCCGCCCAGGGCGCGGGCUACGACUACGGGCAGAGCAACUACGGCGCCAUCCCCGCCCCGCAGCCCGGCUUCCAGCCGCCCCCGCCCUACCCCUACCCGGGCGCCGCGGCUGCCGCAGGGUAUGCUGUUCCUCCACCGACAUCACAGCCAAACUAUUCGAGCACGUACACCAUUAUUCAACAGCCUGCUACCACCACUUCUGUAGUAGUAGUUGGUGGCUGUCCUGCCUGCAGCCUAACAGCAGAGGCACGCAGCUGCUUAGCAGGAAGUCUGUUACCUAAGCCCAGAAGAGAGGAGGUGGUAAGCCUGUUAACAGGGUCCCAAGUGAGAACAGCAUACCUCUUGCUGUUUCUGAGGAUUUUAGUUCUACUGGUCUGAACCAAUUUGUGGACAAUAAUCAAAACACGUUUUGCUAAUAAUUCAGACUUUAUGCAAUUAAUAAGGUAAAGCAGGAAUGUAUUCCCUAAUGGGACCAUAUGAAAAUGAUAAUUUGGUCCCUAAUGCCCAGUCUGUCACUGGGCCUGAGUUGAUAGCUUUUUUUUUUUAAUUAGUGUCACCAUUUGUCAUGGGGUCUGUGUUCUGGUAAUUAGGAUUUCUUUGUAGCAAUGAGUUGCUAUGGGUGAGAGGAGGAAAAUGGUCUUGUUUGUUGGUAACCAGAGGUGAUACUGAUCUGGCUGUGUAUGCAGAUAAGCGAGGAAAAACCACACCAGGUGUCAGUCUAGUUUGUCAUGGAUAGAUGUCCGCCACCUACAGAGAAUUUUAACUGGCAUGCUUAGCCUCACUUGUGAGGCUAGGCUGUUGGUGUGAAGCCAUGAAGAUUGUCUCAAUUAGUGUGUUCUCAGAACUGGAAUUAAAGCAGUGGUGCUACUACAUUAGAGAAGGCUGGUGAUUUAUAGGCAUUUCAGGAAAGACAACAACUAGAUACAGGCUGUUCCCAUUGCCAGAAUUUCUGUGGCUCUGCUGCCAGCCCUCUGUAUAGGAAGUGGGGCCUAAAGCAUAAGGAAGCUCAGAUAAAUCUGCAAAUACUGUGGUGUCUCUUACUUGAAGGUGACUUUUAAAGAUAAUUGCAUUUACAUAUAUGUACGUCUUGUGUUGAGGAGGGCAAACCAGUGGCUAUGUAUAGAUUUGGGCUUCUUUCUGUGAAUACGGAUCAACAUCCAUUCAAUAUGCCUUGAAGCUGAGGCUAGAGGAGCUGGCAUCUCUCUUCAUGGAAAUUAAAACUGUAAGGGUCCCGUGCUUACUCAGUAGUUGCAUAUAUAAUUGUCAAUUCUUUUUCUUCUGCUGCUUGCAGGUGAGAUU